AUGGAGUCUGAUGAGAACAUGCAGUUGAUUCUUCAGGGCCAUAGACGGCGUACUCCUGAGACGAGACUCUUCUUCACCGCUAUACUCACUUGCGGGGUCGCUUUUGUUGUGACGUCCGCGAUCGCCAGGAACCACUCACCGUCGUUCCUUCUGCAGCCCUUGGCACUCGUGCUUUCUGGUAAUGGUCUCUGGUCGGCAUGGUCUUUCAGAAGCCCUCUCCGCGAGGCAUUGAUGUCGCCUCGGGACAAUGGCACUCAGUUCCUCGUCACCAGCUACACGCUGCUGGUAUGCCACGGACUCUUUGUCUCGGCACCCCUCGCCGCCCUUUUCGAGGACGUCGUAACCUCGUAUCUGGUACGUCUCCCCUAA